CAGGUUUCUGAGGAUGAGAACCGACAGAUCACACUUGAAGAGAAACUCACAGCUGUGCAGGCUCCAGAACAAGUGGAAGGAAAUCUACUAGAGGUUGAGAAACUGCCCGAGGUCCUGCAGACAAGCUGUACUCCAGAGGGUCAGACUGCUCUCUCCCAAGAUGUUUGGACGCUGUUUGGAAACACCCCAGCCCUGAGGAAGAUCUUGGAAGAUGAGAGGACUCAGGAAGGGAACUCUGAUCCAGUUCAAAGUUCCAUUCAGUGUAUCAAGCCUCAGCAGCCUGGAGUAUCCACAGAGGCGCUCCAGUCAGUUCAGGUUGCCGCUGACAGUGAAGUGGAUGACAAAGAUCGUAUGAAUGUAAAAUUCUUGCCCACAAAGGAAGUAAGUAAAACAGAAGAUAUAUCACCUUGCUCAGAACAACAAGCAACCGAAGAUGUUGAGAACCUUCCAUCAGGACACGACACAAAUAAGCAGCAGUCCAUGUCUGGAUCUAAAGAGAGGGAUGAAACUGGAUCUGUAUUAAGAGAAGAUGACUGCAAAUUCACUCAUGGCUCAUCCUGUGAAUCAUUAAAGCCUGUCUUUACCAUAGUGCUGGACUCUGAUCUUACCAAAUCCAACCAGAUCCCACUGACACAACCUGUCCCAGCUUCUUCAACUAAAUGGGAUACUGUUUCAGUUGUUCAUGAUGGGACUGCAGAGACAUCAGAGGAUGGCUUGAAAUUCUUGGAAGUCAAACCAAAUGUUGAUGUAGCUGUAGAUGAAGAACAUGCUGUAAUAAGCUCUUCUGAUGAACCUGUACAUUUGUAUGCUGAUCUUUCAACAUCAGAAGUGCAGUUUAAAGAAAACAGCCACACCGACAACAUUGAACCCACUCAUUCUGCUCUAGAUCUUGAUUCCAGGCCUAAACCAGAGAAGGACUCAUCUACUCAAGCAUUUGACCCAAUGCUUUUUUACCCAGAGAAGUAUCAAGCAAGCUCUGGAACGGCUAAGAAAGUAUUUACCAUCAUCCUGGGUGUUGAUACUCCUACAUUAUCAUCAGACGGGUAUCAAUCACUGCAAGAGACACAAUGUACAGGUCCUGAUGACUCAACCACAGAUGAAUUCUCCCAUUCAGAUGUAAAAAAUCAACAGAAGAAUUCCUUUGGUACUGAGAAACAUGAAGGCCGAACGGCUGAACUAGGUCUUUCAGAAAAGUUCAGUGUGAAAUCAAGUAGCCCUGAAAUGCAGCCAGGACAGAAGGAAGCUCCGCUUAUCCAACACCAAACCCCUGAGAUCAUAGAGAUUGACGUUCAAAAAGAUGAAAAAGAGAAGCAACUUGAAGUCACUGAUGCAGCAGCAUCAAGCCAAAUGGAUGUCCACACUGGAGAAGGCAGUGAGUCAGGGUCUGUAGUUCACCAGCAGAAUGUCCCAAUGUUGGAGAGUCAUGAUGAGGAUGACAACAACACCUUUGAAGAGCCUUCAAAUGAAGCAAACACACUUCAAAAGCCUCCAAAAGUUGCUAAAGGUAGGAAGAAGAAGAGAAAACCAGUUGGUGCAGAAAAAGCAAACAGUAUCCAUAAUAAAAAGCUGAACACAUGUAAAUCUGAACAUAAGAACACAACUCACUCAGAAAGCCUUCAAACUUCAGAGGUCAGGCUGCCGGAUGCCACAGAUACUGUCUGUGUCAGUACAAAGACUGUGUCUUCAGACUUCAGUCAACCAAACACUGCAAAGCCAUUGAGUACAGAAAACAAAUUAACAGUGGACACUGUGCAGAAAGAGACCUUGAAUCAAACUGAGGAUGGACAUUUUGAAAACAUUAGCAUCUCACUUGCCGGAGAUGCCCAUAUUAAUACCACAGAUAUGGUUUUAGCAGCAGUGGAGUCUGUACAGUCAACGCAUACAGAGGACUCAGAACUAGCGCCAGAAGAUUCUUCAUCUGACUGUAUAACACAAUUUUCUACCGCAGUCCCAUCAGAGUUACAACUCAGCCAUACUGAAGCUCAGAGGACAGAGGAUUCAGAUGGCAGUUUCCAUUUGCAGGUAAGAUUCACAUAG